CAGUUUGAGUUCAUUUAUCGUUUUGGAUUCAUUUAUUUUAUAGUAGUAGUAACAUAUAUAUAUCCGUUUUAAAGGUGUUAACGUUGGGUACUUUAUGCGCUAAUAAUUUUGACUUAGUUAGGCAGUUUGUCCUGGCCUUUUACUGUGGACUUGUUGGUGCUAAGAACCCACGUGCUUUCUUCUGAAGUUUCGUGUGUUGUGCCGGUGGAUUUUAGUUUUAAGCUGGAUUAAAAAAGCUCCUUCUUGGACGUCCAACGAGAAUACAAGAUAAGCAGCCAGUGAGCCAGACAUUUUACAGAUCAUUCUUGUCAGGUUGUAAAAAAUGCCGACUCUCUACAUCUUGCCAGACCCUGAUAACUUUCAGAACUUGCGAAUACUAAUUGCAGCCCAGUAUGGAAAGAGCGAGUUAAAGGUUGAGCAUGUAAGCAGCACUGAGAUGUUUCCAAAGAAAUGCAACCCACACAAGCUGCCGGUACUGGAAACUGACUCUGGAAUGUUCCUGUCGGGAGCCACUGCAGCUUCACAUUUCCUCUCUCCAGACAAGCUGAAAGGUGGUAGUGCAAAGGAAGUGGCACUGGUUCAACAGUGGGUGAGCUUUGCCGACAUUGAAGUUCUACAGGCAGCAUGCGCAUGGACUUUCCCUGUUCUGGGACUUGUGCAACAGAACAAGCAGAUGACUGAUCGAGCCCAGCUGGAACUGAAGAAGGUACUGCAUCUUCUUGACCAUCACUUGGAAACAAGGACUUACCUGGUGGGAGAAGGUGUAACCUUAGCAGACAUUUCUAUUUGUUGUGCACUGCUGCUGCCCUACAAAUAUGUAUUCGAAGCAGCAUUCCGAAAGCCUUAUGUGAAUGUUAAUCGCUGGUUUGUGACUUGUAUUAAUCAGCCAGAAUUCCGGAAGGUUCUUGGAGAGUUGACUCUGUGCGAAAAAGUUUAUCCUGUCAGUUGCAAGCAGAGAGCAGAGGAUCAGGCAAAGAAAGUAGCUAACCAUACAGAUGCCGUAGGAGAGGAGGAGCUUCCAAAGAAAACACCAUCCCAGCUAAAGAAGGAAGCAAAGAAGAAAGAGAAACUAGAAAAGUUCCAACAGAAGCAGGAGAAACAACAGACACAGACUGAGCAGAAAAAGCCAAAAGCAGAAAAGAAGGAAAAGAAGGAAUUAGGGGUGUUCAUAUAUGACAAACCUACUCCUCCAGGGGAUAAGAAAGAUGUUACGGGCCCCAUGCCAGAUUCUUACAGUCCUCAGUAUGUGGAGGCUGCCUGGUACCCCUGGUGGGAAAAACAGGGCUUCUUCAAACCGGAGUAUGGGCGGAAGAGCAUUUCUGAAUCAAACCCUGGAGAGAUUUUCAUGAUUUGUAUUCCACCCCCCAAUGUCACUGGGUCACUGCAUCUGGGCCAUGCUCUCACCAACUCCAUUCAAGACUCUCUUACACGAUGGCAUCGAAUGAAAGGGGAAAUGACACUGUGGAACCCUGGCUGUGACCAUGCUGGUAUUGCAACUCAGGUCGUGGUAGAGAAAAAGUUAUGGCGGGAACAGAAGAAAACAAGACAUGAUCUGGGACGUGAAAAGUUCAUUGAGGAGAUCUGGAAGUGGAAACACGAGAAAGGUGAUCGAAUCUACCACCAACUGCGAAAGCUGGGAUCUUCUCUAGACUGGGACAGAGCUUGCUUCACUAUGGAUUCAAAGCUGUCCUAUGCCGUAGAAGAGGCUUUCAUAAGACUGCAUGAGGAAGGUGUGAUCUACCGCAGUAAACGCUUGGUGAACUGGUCCUGCACACUCAAUUCUGCUAUUUCUGAUAUUGAGGUUGACAAGAAGGAACUAACAGGCCGGACACUACUCCCUGUCCCCGGUUACACUGAUAAAGUGGAAUUUGGUGUGUUGGUGUCUUUCGCUUACAAAAUUGAGGGAACAGAUGAGGAGGUGGUGGUUGCCACCACUCGUAUUGAGACCAUGCUUGGAGAUACUGCAGUAGCUGUGCACCCACAGGACCCCAGAUACCAGCACCUACAUGGAAAGUACGUUGUACAUCCAUUCUGUGACAGGAAGAUGCAGAUUGUCUUGGACGAGUUUGUUGACAUGAAUUUUGGCACAGGUGCAGUAAAAAUUACUCCAGCACAUGAUCCAAAUGAUUAUGAGGUGGGGCUGAGACAUGGCUUGGAUUUCAUCAACAUUAUGGAUGACAAUGGGUUCCUUAUCAACGUGCCUGAACCCUUCCUGGGCAUGAAGCGAUUUGAUGCUCGAAAUGCAGUGCUGGAAGCCAUUAAACAAAAGGGUCUAUUUAAGGAGAUAAAGGACAACCCCAUGGUGGUGCCAGUUUGCAGCCGCUCAAAGGAUAUUGUGGAACCUCUUCUGAAACCGCAGUGGUAUGUACGUUGCAGUGAAAUGGCCAGAGAGGCAGCAGAAGCUGUGUCCACUGGAAGACUGAAGAUUAUCCCCGAUUUUCAUCUGAAAACUUGGUUUAACUGGAUGGACAACAUUAGAGACUGGUGUAUUUCUAGACAGUUGUGGUGGGGGCACCGUAUCCCAGCAUACUUUGUGACAGUUGAUGACCCUUCUGUACCACCUGGAGAGGAUACAGAUGGGAAGUACUGGGUGAGUGGACGUAGUGAAGAGGAGGCUCGGCAGAAAGCAGCAAAAUCAUUCAACGUCCUUCCAGAGAAAGUCUUACUUAGACAAGAUGAUGAUGUGCUGGAUACUUGGUUUUCUUCUGGCCUCUUCCCAUUCUCCAUCUUUGGUUGGCCUAAUGAGAAUGAAGAUCUGCAAGUGUUCUACCCUGGGACACUGCUGGAAACUGGGCAUGACAUCCUCUUCUUCUGGGUAGCCCGUAUGGUGAUGAUGGGGUUGAAGCUAACAGGAAAGCUACCCUUCAAAGAGGUUUAUCUCCAUGCUGUGGUACGCGAUGCCCAUGGACGGAAGAUGAGCAAGUCACUUGGAAAUGUCAUAGAUCCAUUAGAUGUUGUCAAUGGAAUUUCAUUAGAGGGCCUGCAUGCCCAGUUAUUGGAAAGCAACUUGGAUCCAGUAGAAAUGGAAAGAGCCAAAGAUGGACAGAAAUCUGACUAUCCAAAUGGAAUUCCAGAAUGUGGAACCGAUGCUCUGAGGUUUGCUUUAUGUGCUUACACAGCUCAAGGUCGUGACAUUAACCUAGAUGUGAAUCGUAUUCUUGGUUACCGGUUCUUUUGUAAUAAAUUGUGGAAUGCCACUAAGUUUGCUAUCCGUGGUCUUGGAGAGAAUUUUGCACCCCAGAAUCGUGCACAGCUUAGUGGACAAGAGAGUCUAGUGGAUCGCUGGAUCUUGAGUCGAUUGUGCUGUGCAGUUGAAGCCUGUGAUGUGGGAUUUAAGAACUAUGAUUUCCCUGGCAUCACCACUGCUAUUUACAACUUCUGGUUGUAUGAGCUUUGUGAUGUUUAUCUGGAAUGCUUGAAGCCAGUUUUCUCCAGCUCUGAUGAAGCUGCUAUCCAGGUUGCUCAAGAGACCCUAUAUACUUGUUUAGAUGCUGGACUGCGACUUCUUAGCCCUUUUAUGCCAUUUGUGACAGAGGAACUGUUCCAAAGACUACCACGGCGGUCUGCUGAUGCCCCACCCAGUGUAUGUGUAACCUCAUACCCUGAUAUUACAGAGUAUUGCUGGCAGAAUGAAGAGUUGAAUCGCAACAUGGAGUUUAUUAUGUCCAUAAUUCGCACAAUCCGAUCCUUGCGAGCAGACUACAACUUAACAAAGACCAAAGCAGAUUGUUAUCUAAAGUGCCUUGAUACAGAGACAGCUGCCAUGGUAACACAGUACACUACCUACAUUCAGACGCUCUCCUCUUCAAAAUCUGUGGUAGUUUUAGUCACUGAGGAGGUCCCUGAAGGCUGUGCAGUGGCCAUUGCAUCAGACAAGUGUACUGUUAAUCUCAUGUUGAAGGGCCUCAUUGAUGCAGAAAAAGAAGUAGCAAAGCUGACCAGUAAACAGUCUGAAGUUCAGAAGGUGAUCAGCAAACUCAGGGAAAAAAUGUCAAAUCCUGAUUACGUGAACAAAGUGCCUCCAAACAUCCAGGAGUCAGAUGCUGAGAAGCUGAAGCAAAGUGAAACAGAACUACAGAAGACAGAAGAAGCAAUAGAAAACUUCAUGAAGAUGCUUUAAAUUUCAAAAGGACUUGUCACAGAAAAUAUCCAGGUCACACCAAGCAAAACUCACGUGAAAAAGCAAGCUUCUGUGAACAUUUGUAAUAAAUAUGCUUCCAGAAAAAAAAAUGCCCAAUCUCUUCUUCAGACCUGAGCAAAAGACCUUUAAUGAAGACCAAGACAUUUUUCUCAUUUAGACUUGACUGCCCUUGAUAUAUAAAGUGUAAAAUAUAUAUAUUCUAAGUAAAUGGAUAUUUUCAAAAUG